AUGCCAUUUUUUUUGACAGAUUAUGAAAAACUUUAUGAAACGAGAAUAGAAUAUGAUGUUAUUAUUUAUGUUGGAGAAGAACCAAACAUUAAAGAAGAGCAUGCUCACUCAUAUAUUUUAUGUGCUAGAUCUCAAUAUUUUCAAGUUGCAUUUUCUAAAAUUUGGGCCGAGAAAAAAGAUGGAAAAUUUAUUUUCAAAAAACCUAAUAUUUCACCACAACUAUUUGAUAUCAUUCUUAGAUUCUUUUAUUGUGGAAAAAUUGAAUUGAAGAAUUUACAAGGCCUUGAUAUAUGGAAUUUGUUAAUAGCUGUAGAUGAACUUAAUAUUCAACCAUUGAUUUCUCAUAUUCAAGAAUUUUUAAUUGAAAAUGGAGCUGAAAUUUUACAUGAAAAUCCUACUGAUAUUCUUGAUAUUCUUGAAAAAUUUUAUCAACACGAAACAUUUGAGAAUUUAUGGAAUCUUUGUCUUGAGACUAUUUGUGAUGAUCCUAAAAUAUUAUUUAAUUCUGAUAAAUUUAUUAAUUUGGAAGCUCCUUUAUUAGAAUUAUUAUUAAAAAGAGAUGAUUUUUAUAUAAAAGAAAUUGUAAUUUGGGAGAAUUUAUUAAAAUGGUGUUUUGCUCGACAAAAUAUUAAAAGUGAUCCUGAAAAAUGGAAUAAAGAUGAUAUUACGAAUAUUGGGAGGUUAUUGCACAAAUUUAUUCCUUCAAUUAGAUUUUAUAAUAUUGAAUCUACGGAUUUCUUUUGCAAAGUUUAUAGUUAUAAAGAAAUCUUACCACAAGAUUUAAUUCAUGAACUUUCGGAAUUUCAUAGAGUUCCCAAUAUAAAAUCUAAAGCUAAUUUGGCACCUUUAAGAAAAUUAAAUUUAAAAUUAAAUAUUGAUUCAAAUUUAAUUGAAUCAGAUCAUUUUAUUCUUUUUGCUUCAUGGAUUGACAAAAAAGAUCCUUCAAAUUAUAAUAGAAGAAAGUUCCCUUAUGAUUUUAAGUUAUUGUAUCGUUCAAGUAAGGAUGGAUUUAAUGCUGAAUUAUUUCAUAGAAACUGUGACGAUAAGGGAGCUACUAUUUGGGUAGCAAAAAUUCAAAGUUCAACACAAUUAAUUGGAGGAUAUAAUCCGCUUGAUUGGAAUGGAAAUGAUUGGAAAAAUACUGCAGAUAGUUUUCUUUUUAGUUUCACGGAUGGUAAAAUUAUUUCUACUGCAAAAUUAGGUUAUGUUAAAGACGCAAGUCGUGCUGUUUAUUGUGGCAAAAAUUUUGGUCCACAUAUGGGUGAUUUAAAUUGUGCAUAUUAUAUAAGAAGUCCCAAUAAAUGGAAUUAUUAUUACAGCGGUGAUUCUUAUCCUAACAUAGGAAUUCCAAAAGAUAUUACAGUGGAAGAUUAUGAGGUAUUCCAAAUAAUUAAAAAAUCAAUUUAG